CGUGCAUCUCUCCAGUUGCGCCGCGCACCAAAGAAGACCCACACCUGCGACUCGGCGGAGCAGGCCAAAUCGUCGCACAGUUAACUUCCGAACACUGCUAUUGGAAAAAAGCAGCCUCAGAAUUUAUACCGACACGGCAAAAAAUUAGCCGUCGUCAUGGAGACUGACGAGUCAACACCAUUGCGCGUGACGGAGCCUGAAAGAUCAUACGUGUACAUGUCGGCCAGGAACCGAGUGUACCGAUCAAAAGUGCGACAGUUCCAGUGCUGCAUUUGUGCUGGAUUGCUCGGCGUCUUUGUGCUCGCAAUGAUAAUUACCGUUGCCUAUAUGGUAAACCAUGAUGUUGAUGAUCAGCCCUCUGAGCUAGAAACAAAUAGCUCCACAAUCACUCCUUUGCAAGAGUUAAAAAUGCUCUUAAUGUCACCAAAUUUUAUGAAAGACACCGAGAAUUUGCGAAUUCCCGUCAGCGGCUACAACUCAGUUGAGCUCAACGAAGCCUUUAUCAAAGCGGAGGCAGAUGUGGACAAGAGCUUGCAGGAUGAGAAGAACAACCCCGCUGUUCCCCUACCGCCUAACCACCCCAGCAACCUGCAUCAGAAAGUCAUGUACAGUUCGCCUAACGCGCUCAAGGCAUCAAAAACUGGACAGAUCAUCUUGGCAGCAACAAAAAAUAUUUACAAGGACAAAUGGACUACUGGCGGGUGGACUGGUCGCGGACCCAAACUUCCUUCCUCUAAGUGGGUGUCUUCAGAAUGGUGUCCAGCAAAAGAAGACGUGUUAUCAAACUGCGACCCUGCGUCUCCUUACAGGACAAUCGACGGCACAUGCAACAAUUUGGUCAACCCGGAGUACGGCGUGACCAUGAAACCAUUCCGCAGGCUCAUGCCGCCUGCCUACGGAGAUGGAAUUUCCUCGCCAAGAGUGUCUACUGGAUCUAAGCCAUUACCGUCCGCCCGCGAAGUGAGCAUCAUCGUACACCGUCCCACCUACAAGAACGACCCUCACUUUACAGUAGUGCUUGCAGUUUGGGGCCAGUUUGUCGAUCAUGAUUUCACGGCCACCGCUCUGAGUCGAAGAGCUGACGGCCAGGCAAUCACAUGCUGCAACACUGUGUGGCAGCAUCCUGAGUGUUUCCCAGUUCCCCUUAGCGCAGGAGACCCCUUCUACCAUCAGUAUAAUAUCACGUGCAUGGAUUUCGUGCGCUCCGCACCGGCACCGUCUUGUUCUCUAGGUCCAAGAGAGCAAUUCAACCAAGUGACUCCUUACAUCGACGGUUCAGUCGUCUAUGGCGCCGACAAAAAUUUGGAGUCAGAGUUGAGGACUUUCACUGAUGGCCUUUUGGUUUCGUCUCGCUCGGCGGACGGCCGGGAACUUUUGCCCGUCGACCGCACUCCUAAGGACGGCUGCAACCAGGCCGAGGAGGCGGCCAAGGGCCGCUACUGUUUCAAGUCCGGCGACGCCCGCGCCAACGAGAAUCUCCACCUCACGACACUGCACUUGAUUUUCUCCAGAGAACACAACAGGCUGGCUACAGAGCUGAAAAAGCGAAACCCCACUUGGUCUGACGAGAAAUUAUACCAAGAGGCAAGGAAAAUUGUUGGAGCAGAGAUGCAGCACGUUCACUACAACGAAUUCUUACCUGUUGUUCUUGGAAAGGACCUGGCUAAUGACCUAAACAUUACGUCGGAGGCGAACGGAUAUUAUCAUGGAUAUGAUCCAACUGUUAAUCCUCAAAUUGCAAAUGAAUUUGCUUCUUGCGCGUUCCGUUUCGGUCACACACUUAUGCAGGGCUUAAUUAGAAUGAUUUCUGGGGACACAAGCAGCGAAGACUAUGUUCAGCUGCACAAAAUGCUGUUCAAUCCGUUCGGACUUUACGAGAAGGGCUACAUUGAAAAGACGUUGAGAGGCGCCACACGGACGGGCAUGAACAAACCUGGCAGCUCUGUUUCUCCCGAGCUCCAAGGAAAUUUAUUCAAGCCACAAUCUGGUCCUUGCGGACUUGAUCUUGUGUCAUUGAAUAUCCAGCGCGGACGCGAUCAGGGCCUACCACCUUAUCCCGCCUGGAGAGAGCACUGUGGAUUUAAACGACCUACUACGUUUGAAGAUCUUGAAGAAAUUAUGGAUACGGAGUCAGUGGACCGUAUGAAGACUAUGUACAACACAGUAGAUGACAUCGAUCCUUACACUGGUCUUUUGUCUGAAACACCUGUUACUACCUCUGGAAUUUUGGGACCAACUGCAACUUGCGUAAUUUCUGACCAGUUUGUUCGUCUUAAAAAAGGAGACAGAUUUUGGUAUGAGACACCUUCGGCACCACAAGCUUUCAGCCCAGCUCAACUGAACGAAUUAAAAAAGGUUUCUCUUUCGUCUCUGUUGUGUGACAACACGGACACGCUCGAAGAGGUGCAGCCUCUCUCAAUGCAAGCGAUUACAACAGAAAACGCCAUCACCCCAUGUGCAAAUCUCCCUAGACCCAAUCUGGACGCGUGGAUUGAAAUGCCGUCCGUUCAUCUCGUUCAGUUCUCGGGCAUUAGACCAAGACCACUUCCCAAUAUUGAAGAGUUGGACAGGAUUCCUCGAGAUCCGACCGAACCAGUCAGCCGCAAACCAACGAAAAACGAAUUGGUCGUCGGCGCCACAGCUGUGGCUGGCUCGGUGACUGCGUCCUUUGACGGAGGCCCUACUGAGACCCUCUGGGAUGGCACGCUACCCACGACCAUCCCCACCGAUUUCAUCAACCAGGUGCUGCCUCCGGAUGGUGAGCCGCUUACGCCACUCGACCCCGCCUUGAUCGACCACAGAGCUGGUAUCAUUUGGACCGGCUCGGUCGACUUGAUUGGCACCAACAGGCUUCAGCUUACCGCUUCUUUCUCUGUGCCCGUCUUCAUGAAGGGCAUGGGAUACACGCAGAAAUGGUGGAAUGGAAACGCAAAAGUCCAACUCAAUGUCAACUGGAACACAACUGAACUGGCUGGACAGGCCUUGGGUGACUUUUUCACACCGAUUGCCUUGCGCAUGAACACGAGCGAUGAAGGCAUUGGCGCUGUGCCAAUUCUUUCUACUUCGACGGUCUCCUCCAUGCGAUUUCCAGUCUUGAUGCGAGGCACCUUUAAUUUCGACCACUCAGAAUUUUACUGGAACGGAAAUGUGACGAUAAUUUAUCCACCCAAGCCCAAGCCGAUUCUACAAAUGCCAUACAGUGGCUCUUCUUACUGGGGCACACCGUACGUUCGUCCUCCUCCGAGGUUGGUGAUCGGCGGCAGUGCAGAGACUGGAAGCAUUAGUGCCUCUUACGAUGGUGGGCCGUCUCAGACAUUAUGGGAUGGAACAUUCCCACUCUCCAUUCCAUCGCCCUUCCUCGACCGAAAGCUGCCUGCGGGCACCGUUCUUCCUCCACCAGACCCAACCGUGCCAGUCGAGCACCGCGGCGGUGCCUUCUGGAACGGGAAAGUUGAUAUAAACGAAAACGACCAACUGGUGCUGACCGCAACUUUCUCCAUGCCCGUUUUCCUCCACGUCACAGGCGUUUUUGGACCUGCAGUACAGAAAUGGUGGUCCGGCAAUGCCGAAAUCACCAUCAACAUAAACUGGAACACAACUGAGAUACACGGCUUGCCAGAUGCGAAAUACUUCACUCCUCUUUCAUUUAGGCAGAUCGCGAAAUUCGGUCCAAGCCACCCGUACCGCUUCUUGUCGACAACCGACCCCAAUUCAUUAGACAAAACCGCGCCUACUCCCCUGCCAACUUUCCCGAUAAUUCUCCAAGGCGAUUACAAUACGGACCACAGCCAAUUCCUCUGGAAUGGAAACGUCACUCUCGUAUUCCCCAAGCCAACUCCCGCUGCGCCAUUGUCUCUACUUCAAGCCGCUGCUCCAGCGAAACAGGGCAAGAAGGUCGUGCCGAAGCCAAAGCCAACCAAGCCGGUGGUCUUCAGCUUCGGUGGUAACGCAACAUUUGCUUCAUUUAACUUUGACGAGGAUCAGAUUUGGGAUGGAUCGUCUCCACUUAAUUUUUCUGUGCCUGCAAAGGGUGUUGGUCCAAUUGGUUCUAUGGACUUGUUCCACGGUGGUGAUUCAGUUUUUAUUGGAAGCAUUGAAGUCACAGCACCUAAUACGAUAUCUGUUAACGGCUCCAUUUCCCUACCAAUUGCUAAUGCUUCCAACCCCGCUUCUAUUAUCUGGCAAACUGGCACUAUUGAGGCAACUUUAAAUGUCACUUGGAACAACACCCUCCCUGAAGUAAUUGCAACUGAAAACGACACUCUUCAUUGUCUAGUUUACCUUUCACCCGCAAAAUCACCAAAAGACAAAAGUCCAGCCUCUGAAAAUUUGCUGGCCGCCCCUAAAAUCGGUCCAGCCAUCAUGCCAUCGUGCUUCGUCAUUCUCUCGGGCCAAUCCUCACUCGAUAAAACGUCGUUUUCGUGGAGCGGAUCGUAUGUCGCAGUCAUUCGCCCGGCUGCAGGCGUCACUCCAGCUGCCAAACCUUCAAGGAAGAAGCGAUCAGCCAACGCUCUAUCGCACGGCAGGGUUCAACAGAGGGUGCAGGAUAUUUCAAAGCCCACGGGCCACAAGGUGGUUCUGGGUGGCAAAGCGGUGAGUGGAAAAAUCACGGCUGCCAGCGACGGGUCGCCACGACGCACCCUCUUCCACGGCUCUCUACCCAUUUCAAUCCCCAUGCCUGCAUUUGACCGCUACCUCCCUCGCACCACCACCGAAUACAUCCACCAGAACAUUGGACCCAUUUUCCACGGAAAUGGACCCAUCUGGUCGGGCUCCGUUAAUUACAGACCAGGCACGCGCACCAUCGAGCUUUAUGGGGAUUUCCGUGUGCCUCUUUACCUUCAUGGUAACACCUUCAAGCAAGAGUGGUGGCUCGGUCACGCAGAGCUAGUGAUCGACGUUGCUUGGAACAACACGCUCUUGGACUACGCAGCGAUAGCUUCCCUACCUGACGCUGAUUUUUACUCUCCAAUCCGGUUCAGGCCUGAUGAGAAAGCAUACGCCGACGAUGAAGCAUACAACAGCAUUCAAAUGAGUGACCCUGAUAUGAUGAUCGCCACUCCGAUGCAACCCCCCGACGAGCCAUUUUAUCCUAAGGGUCCAAUGCCCAAGUUCCCUAUAAUUCUUCACGGUGCCAUGAAUAGCGACGGAAGAGCCUUCCUUUGGAAUGGAAAUAUGACAAUGGUGUUUCCAUAUGCGGAAUAAUAUUUUAAGAAUGAAUGUUCUAAUCAUUGAAAAAUAGUCAAUUGGCAAUUGAUCUUCUAUACAAAUUAAUUUCCAGUAGAUUUGCUCCUUUUCAAUUUUCCCAAAAUUGUCAGCAGUAAAAAAAUAAAAUUUGUGCAAAGGCUUAGUUGAAAUUGAAAGUUACUAUAGAUGUAUUUUUAGUCCAACGCUAAUAAGUAGUAUACUUUGAUAAAUUUCCUCUCGAAUUUCGCAGUAUAUUGCUUUUGAACUUAAUUUAGGUGAUCUAUUCAUGACGGUUUUAAUUAUAUUUUGUAUACAAUUUUGUACUUUUCUAAAGUAUGCUUGAGUGCCCCAUAGUGGCUUCUAAAAAUUUCAUCCUUGGUUAUGUUGUCGAUAAUAAAUGUUAAAUUAUGUCAUA